UGUGUUUGAAGUAAAGGCUCCUCUGCUGCUGUAAUGUUUCUGUAUGCUUGAUGACGUCUGUUAUUCACAAUCAGUUCAAUUCAGUUCCAAUAUUGUGAUGUUUGUGCAGUUUGUUUGUGUAGAAGUGAGUGCGCUUUUGUUAUCAAUAAUUGGGAGAGAUCAUUAGAGAACACUGUCAUGCUUUCUGUGAGAGAGAAACAUGUUGACUCAUCAGGAAGACUGUGUUGCACCAACAACAAAUGAUGCAACGGAAUAAAAUGACAAAAAUGAAAAGGAGGAUUCGCCUCUUUCUUUCCCUACAGAUUAAUCUUGACAGAACCAGUGAACCUGAAAGAAAAGAUAGAGUUUAUACUUCUGAUUCUGAUAGUCAGGCACUUGCAGUGGACCGAUGUGGCAUGCUGGCAAAGUCUGAAAUCUGUAGUCCGGUGAUUAGGACUGAGGACCUUUCAGACCUUUACAUCUUAGGGUGCAAGGCCACAAACAAAAAGGAGACAGUGGUUAAAAAAUGCUUCCCUCCACAGUGAAACCAUUUAGAGGAAUCAAGACAAACUCUGGUUCCAUAAAUGUACAACCAGACCAAGUGUUACUGAAUUAGAUAAUAAAUACAGCAUGUCUGGGCUGAUGCCAUGUGGUUGAAGGAUGCGGGGAGGAUUUUCUUUCAGAAAUAUUGAAGGACUUUCUUUCAGAUGCCCAAUAUGGAAAUUGACUGAAUUCCCAUAAAGAGAGUAACGUGUUAAAUCAAUGAAUGUUUCAGAUGACUGUUUGGUGGCGGGCUCUCAUCCUUCUUUGCUGCAUACUGAACUGUGUGGACUCUGCUCCAGCCCCAGUCCCCCAGAAGAACAGAUAUAAAAACUGCUUCCGUCUCACGAGGUCCACCCGAACCCGUGUCCAGCAGCUGCUAAGGAAAUAUAAGGAGCAGCAGUUGGGAAAUAAGCAUUUUGAGGACAGAAGCCGACAAUUGAAGAACCUGCCAUUGCUUUCUACAGAUUUCUCCAGCUGGCUAAACCUAACGGACUGGGAACGACUGCAUGCUGCUUUCAAGGACAUGCAAGCCUACUGGUAUAUGCUGGACUGGAAGAGAAAACAGCUGGAGAAGGAGAAAGAGCAGACGGCGGUCCGCGCCACUUUACCUCAGAGCAUGAAGCACGUUCAGCUGGAUCUGAGGGACCUGAUGAGCCAAGUCAGUAAUCAGAUGGAUUACAUGAGGAGCAUGCAGCAAACCUCUCCUACAAUACAGAUACCCUUGAACCCAGAAACCAGCUCCAAAACAGUAUGGGACCGUCGAGUGGAGGGCUACAUCAUUCUAAGGGAUCUAGACCUUUACCUCACUAAGUUAGCAAGAGACUUCCUCCUACUGGCUUCCAAAACACAGUCAUGACUCAAAAAAAAAAAGUGCUGUGACCCCAACAACACACAGUUGCACACCAAAAUAAGAAAGAACUGAACACUUAAG